AUGAGAGGAGGAAUGCAUCCCCGGAGACAACGUGGCAGUAGACUGAUGGCGUUGAGCCAGGUCAGUCUCACACCAGUAGAACAGGCGCACCCACGCGACGGCCAUUUGAUGGAUGCGCCCAUUGAAGAGGUCGAUCCUUACCCAAUACUGGCUCCCAUUAGAACCAGUGGUUUGCCCACCGGUGCACUCCCGGCCACACCCGCUGCCAGACCUAUGCGCACAACAGAUGAAGGCGAAUGGCAACAGUGGGCUCAGACUCAACGGGCAGAUGAGUGGCACUUUCCUACAGCAGCACAUAGCGGUGAAUGGGGUGCACCGCACACACAGUACACACCACAGGCCACUAAUAUGGACGACAUGUAUAUCGGAGAUCUCUCGCGAUUUCCUCAAACUCCUUAUCCCUCGAGUGGGCUCUCAAUGUCUCGGUUCGGCGAAAACGCUGACAGCGCUUCCAGCGAUGAGUUGUCCCCCGUCGCCACCCCUACCCCGAGUAGCGGACAUUCAUCGCGCGGGAGCUCUGUUAUGGGAGCCCAACAAUCACAGCAGUGGCCGGCUAUGGAUCAAACUGUUGGCCAAUCAAGCGGUUUGGCCACCGGUGGCGCGCAAUUCAUACCCGCAAUACCAUUAGCGACGCCCAGGGAUAGACUCGUAUCGGACUUCAGGCGUAUGGGCGCGGGAGAGAUGCCGGAGGGCUCUAUCAGCGGUACUUCAGCCGAAAUCUAUGUCAAUAGUAGUGGCGAAGAGUUGCCAUCAGAUAUGGAAGAAGACAAUCAGAAUAUGGCGUUGAAUGUGAAAACCCAAAUGGAUUUACAAACACUUUGGGACAAAGGCUUUGAAAUAGAUUUUUCACAAACUGGUAAAUUGGGUAGUGGAGUACAGGGAGUGGCGUACCGGGGUGUUUACAAUCAACGGAUUUACGGAUUGAGUACAACGGAAGGCAGUCGUCUGAAGGGUGUUGUCGCCGGCCGGGGAUUUGCGGCCAAAUACGUGCAGUUCACCAUCAAUUUGGGUAAAAAGCGAUACAUUAUUAACAAUAAGGACCCAAACAUCAAACCAAUUGUAUCGUAUGAUCGCAUGUUUUUGGCAAUGGAUUUGGCCGAGUCUAGCCUCUAUGAUUUUGGUCAGGCCGGCAGAAUCACUCAACGCUUGGCCAUUAAGUUUGCACAGGAAAUGUGCGCUGGUAUGAAUUAUAUGCACAGCCAGAGUAUACUUCAUUUGGACCCCACUUACGGCAAUGUACUGGUGUUUAGGGACGACCAAAACGCCGGUGACUUUGUGGCCAAAUGGUCGGACUUCGAUACGGGAGUGUUCCGGUCUCUGUACCAGCGGUGGGGCAUUCGGAUUGAGGACAACGAGUUUGAACACUAUCGCCGGAACGACCUAGAACGCUUGGCACGGCUUAUCAAUGAUAUGGCCUUAUUUGCACCCGUGUUGACCCAAUUGGCCCAUCAAAUCACAAACAACGCCGAUUCGUUGCAACAAAUUGUCGACGAUUUUAACCGUUGGGUUGGAUUGGAAUUCACGCCAAACACUACCGGCGACGGCAGUGUGGGACUCAUAUACCCAUAUUUGCCGGGAAAGACUGACCCAAAACGAGUUCGCCGAUGGGGCGGACGUGUUGUACAAAAGCGGAUCAACGAUAUAAAGGAAUUGUGCGGAAAGUAUGACAUAGCGAUCAAUUGCACGGGUAUUGUGGCAAACAAGUUCUGCGGCGAUAAUAAAGUGCAUCCAAUUCGUGGUCAAAUAUAUCGUAUAUACGCGCCAUGGAUUAAACACGGAGUGAUGGCCGGCGCCCACUAUAUCCUACCGAACAGUGACACAGUUGUGUUGGGCGGCACUAAACAGGCGCACAAUUGGAGCCGAGAA